AUGACGCUUGAUUCCGAGGUCAUCAAGGCAAGCAGAUAUAACUUUAUGUCCAUGUUAGCGUUUUCCUCUUGUUUUCCGAAAAGUGAAGUGGCAUUUGGAUGGACUUUAUAGUUUAAUUAAAGAAUUAUGCUUUGUGCUUUCAGAUGUUGGAUGGUAUCGAGCUGCCUGACCAUAAAUCGGUCGAUUGUGUCCAAAAUGCCCGAUUGGAGGCCAGACAUCGGAAGAAGAAGAAGAUUGCCGAGAUAUUAUCCGAGUCCAAGAAUGACGAGCAGAUGUAUGAUAACUUGAGUUACUUUCGACGAUUUGCGACUACAUCUGGAGGGCUUUUGGAACAUGAGUUUCGAUUGGAGAUCUGGCCAAUCUUGGCUUCAACAAUGCCACAAGCAGAUGGGAUCUUGAAGGAUAAGAAGAUUCGUGUCAUUUCCGAAGUCAUUCACGACUCUUCAUGUUCGGAUUCGGAUUUUUUUGAGUCGGCCAGAUCAAGUUUAUCAUUGAGCACUUCUACACAAGAGGAUUCUGAAGAGGACGACCCCACGGACGAGAUUCCUUCGGUGAGGUUUCAUCCUUGAUUUUUGUUUUUUUAGGUAUUGCGAAAUGUUUUUAUGACGUAGCGUUUGUUGUUCAGGUUACCUUUGGCAAUCAUUUUGCAAAAGACAUGAUAGAUGAUCAUUUUUCAGCCAAGCCCGUCAAUAGAAGACCUCCAGCAACAUGUGGAAUGGAAUCAAGUGGAGUUAGAUGUCAAUAGGACUUUAUCCAGGUUCCCUCCCAACAUAUCAGAGACCGAAAGGUUAACUCUUCAAGCUGAUCUGAGUCCACUCAUUGUUCAGUUGUUGUAUUCGAAUAGAACUUUUAGAUAUUAUCAAGGUAAUGGUAAUCUUCUUGCAUCUUUCACGUGAAUUUCACUGAUUUGAUAUAAUUAUUUUUAUUUCCAGGGUUUCACGACAUUUGUUUAACAUUAUUAUUAGCAUUAGACGUAGAGAAGGCCCGAACUGUGGCCAAGGACAUUUGCCAACGAUCUGCCAUUCGAAAUUAUUUAACGAAGUCUUUGGAAGAGUCGGCUUUGGCUGAACUGCACCUCAUUUAUGUUAUCCUUCAUCAUUGUGAUCCCCAGAUCGAAAAAAUCCUCAGAGAUGCCGAGUUAGGGACAUUAUUCGCAUUAAGCUGGCCAAUCACCUGGUUUUCCCACUCGUUGCACUCUUUUGAUCAGGUAUGUGGUCGCGUUUUAUUGUCAUUCACAUUACUUUAGGUUGUCCUUUGUUUUGACAUGUUCCUCUCCUCACAUUAUCUGAUGCCAAUAUAUGUUAGUGCCGCCUUAGUAGAACAUCGGCGACAAGAUAUACUUAAAUGCGAGCCAGAAAUGCCAUCCUUACAUCAUCUACUCAACAAUGUUCCAGUUGAUCUGGACAUACAAACAGUUCUGGACAGGGCUAGAGAUCUUUAUAAUUUAUAUCCACCGAGCUUAGUACAAGGUAAGAGGAGUACUUGAUUUCUCUAAAUAUAUUUUAGGACCAUAUCUGCGAGAUUAUGAGAGUUUGUGUAUCCGCGAAAAGAGAUCCAGAACUCUAAGAGAACAACCUCCGCCGUUGCAACGACACAACGCCCUGGGCGCUCCUUGGCUGGUCAUGGGAACAGCUGCAGCUGGGGUUGCCGCUUAUUGGGUUCUCUCCAAAUAUACAACGGACAUCUCGUCAUUCUUAUAG